UCACGCAGCUGCACUAAUCAGUGUAGAGUGGGUGGGACAUGUAAGAAGGAAGAGUUUUGGGGUGUAAUGUCUGAGAUCAGCGUGAUGAUGAGAGAAUGAUAAACUUCUGAGUACAGGCAAAUUUGAGUUGAGUGUGCAGCCAUGUGGCCGGUGUUGUGGACGGCCAUGCGCACCUAUGCGCCCUACGUGACCUUCCCUGUGGCCUUCGUGGUGGGCGCAGUGGGCUAUCACUUAGAGUGGUUUAUCCGAGGAACCCCCAACUCACCCGGAGAAGAGAAGGGCAUAGCGGAGCUGCGAGAGGACAGAAAAUUGGAGGAACUGGUUGGCCGAGACAGCACACAAGUACUCAGUCUGAAGGACAAACUGGAGUUCACCCCCAAGGCAGCACUGGAAAGGAACCGACCAGAAAAGAGCUAGCUGGCUGAAUCACUCUCACUGUGGCUCUUGUCCCAUCCUACUGACCGCUGGUACGAAAGAAGGGCAUAUCAAAGGGGAAAUCAUUGGAUAUAAGGCGUAAGCCCCUGGUCCUACACUUCUACACUUCCAUCCACUAGAUGGAGACACCCUGUGCUGUAAUAUUCACCCUUUCAGCUGCUGGCACAUGAGUCUUGUGAAAGUGUUUGAAACGUUAAUUCUUUGUGGCUUAAUGUUCAGCCCGGUUCCCCAGGCGCACAGGCACAUGACUAGCCCAAUUUGAAGAAAACUUUCAAUAGCUUCUGUAUGUCUGCCUUCCCAUACAAUCUCACAAGACUUGAGUCUAGAAGAAAGGCCUCUUUUGUUGAAUACGUGACUGGAUGAAUGUGUGUGAAGCAAAACAGAACAUCAACAUGAAAAGGAUUAGAAAAAAGGAUUUAAGAAAAUGGUUGUGGGAUUUGGGUGGGUAAAGAGAUCCAGAAUGCUUUCAAAAGUGUCCUCAUUGUAAUCCCCUCUGUGAACGACUGUAGCUGUGAACACAAAGUGAGAAUAAGAGAUGAAAUUAAAUGAAAUGUUGCUUUGUUGUUCAUCACUUCUGCCCAUGCUGGGACAUAACUGACUGUUUCAUUCUAUCACAUUGUGACUGAGUUUUAUGCAGCAUCACCAGUCAGUUAAUUCUACUCUGUUCACAUAGCAGAGACUGCAUUCUUAUCGUUUUCAGGAUUUCAAAGGCAUCUUUAAAGCCAAAGUUUAUUCAUGUUGAAUACAGAUUUUAUUUGCACUCUGUCUGUUUGACAAGAAUGCUUGGCUUAUUCUUGUGUCCAGUUCUAGUAGUAUGGGCCAUUUCUUUUUAAUUGAUCUAGAUUUGGAAGUUUAAUGUAAACACACAUUUGCCACAUUUACAUUACUGCUCUGGAAUGUUACGGGAUAAUAAAUGAAGUGACUUUAAAAACUAUA